CUCACUCUCUCCUCAUGGCCGUCGGAGAGCGCAUAUGUAUUCCCACUGGACCCGUAGACCGACUUAUCGGCCCUGAGAUCAUCCUGAUGCUGUUGUGAUUUGUUCGUCGGACUCCAUAGGUCAAUUGCUGCCGGCCCAGCGGUUCUCAUUUCUACUUCUGUUGCCCGGCUUUUCUUUCUGGUCACCAAACGUUCCUUCGAAAGUGCGCGGUUUGUUCAUCGUGCUUAUUUUUUAGUCUUUGGUCGCCACUGCUUUCUUCCACCCAGCAGACCUUUGCCUCCCUCCCAUCUGAACUAGGUUGAAACACUUCAACACCUGUCAAAUUGUCAACAUGUCGAUCUCCUCUCUUCGAGGCCUUCUUUCGAAUUACUCUCCCGUGUCCGAGGAAUUCACUCAGCCCGACCUCGAGAAGGAAUACCAUCUUUCCCUUCGAAAUCCCGAUGAUGGCGAGUCCUCUGACGGCUCGACUCAAUCCGUCUGCCGGGAACGAGCGGAGAAGAAGGAAUCCAAAUUGGUCGAUGGACGCAUUGUGUCGGACGCUAUCAUCGGGCUUUCCGAUGGCAUGACCGUGCCGUUUGCCCUGACGGCUGGCUUAUCAGCUCUGGGGGACACCAAAGUGGUGGUGUUUGGCGGAAUGGCCGAACUAAUAGCGGGGGCCAUCUCGAUGGGGCUGGGCGGUUAUCUCGGUGCAAAAAGCGAGGAGGAAUCCUACCGUGCAACUUUGAAAGAAACCAAACAAGAGAUCCUCAGCGAUCCGGCUUCGGUGACCGAGACCAUUUCCGAUGUCUUCGCGCCAUAUGAGCUGCCCUCUGAGCUCGUGGGAGAGCUCACGCGACACCUUUCCUCCUCCCCUAACCUGCCCGCCUUUCUCAUGAACUUCCAUCACACCGUCCAAGAACCAUCGGGAUCGCGUGCCUUUGUCUGCGCCUUGACAAUUGCACUGGGAUACUUCAUUGGUGGUUUCGUGCCCCUGCUGCCAUACUUUUUCGUCGGUCCUCACGAUGCAUUCUCUGCUUUGCGCUGGUCGAUUGCCACGAUGGCGGUUGCCCUGUUCCUGUUCGGCUAUGGCAAGACCUGCUUUGUGAGCGGAUGGAAGGGUCGUCGUAACAUUCGACGAGGUAUCAUCGGAGGUUUGCAGAUGAUUCUCGUGGGGGGCAUUGCAGCUGGUUCUGCGAUGGGAUUGGUCAAGGGGUUCCAGAUGCUGGCUGACUCUCAUGGUCACGAGCAUUAGUUUAUAUUUGGUUGGUCAUGCAUGGAGUUGUGGCGGGGACUAAAAAGGUGUUGUAUCGGAGUUGUAGGUCUGAAAUUGGGACAUGUUAAUAGACCUUGAUUCAGUUAAAUUUUUCACUUACUUAUACAUGCUAUGAUACAUUAUUCAGUGUUCAUCUUGUGGCAUGCUCGAGGGAUGAUGUCUCCAAGC